AUGAUUUUUUAAGAGAAAUUGAAAUUUAUGAAACCAAUUAAAUCAAGUUUAAUAUAAACUUGGGAUCUCAAAUUGUCAAUUGAUACUAUAAUAAGAUUUGCAGAAUCAUGUUAUAUUGAAUAAGAUUAAGAAUUCAAAUUCAUAUAUUUGAUAUUAGAAUAUCUAAAUCAAAUAAAAUUAUAAAUAAAAUUGAAAUUAUCAAAAGAUGAAACACGCUUUGAAUUGAAUAAUAAUUCAAAAGUAAUCGAAGCCACAUUUGAUACAAAAGUCUAAGAAUGGUUUAAUAUUAUUGAGAUCAAAGGACUUAAUAGAAAGACUACAAAAGAGAAUAUUAAUUAAUACCCUUUGAUUACUACUAAAAUAAAUUACCAAAAUAUAAAGUUUCAAUGAUAAAAAAACAAUAAAAAAAUAAGUAUAAUAUACUUGAAGGAAAAGAUUAACUUUCACACUUUUUGAAAAAAAUAUCAAUAAUAAAUCUAUUUAACCUUAAUAUAAAUAUUUAGAAUCUUUAAUUUAUUUGAUGAUAUUGAAUGGAUUAGAAAUAUCAAAAUAUUUUGGAUAUAUUCCAAAAGAGAAUUAUACAAAAAGAAUUAAAAUAAGAAAGAUAAGUAAUAUUAAGCAAUUUUAGUUAAUAUUCAAACAAAUAUGGAAGAUUUAGAUAAAAAAUUCAGAUUUUUCAGUGGUAUUGAAGAAUCUUAGUCUAAUUUAUUGA